UGAUACCAUUAGUGGAUAAUUUUUUCUGACGACAUGGCACAGCAGCAACCUACACAAGCUCGUCCUUGGAACCCUGAUUUUAAGUACACAGACAGAGAAAGAUGGCUGUGCAUCUAUCCAGCUUAUAUAAACAGCCGAAAAACAGUGACAGAGGGAAGAAGGCUUCCAAAAGACAAAUGUGUUGACAAUCCAACGUACAAUGAAAUUAAAGAUGUACUUUUAGCAACAGGCUUCAAUAUAGGAAUUGAGAAUAAAGUAUAUCCCCGAGAGCUUGAUCACCGAGACCCAAAAGUUCGAGGUCGUAUCAGAAUCCAAUUCAGAGAUGAAAAUGGUGGAUUUCUAAAUCCAGAGUUCAAAACAAGAAGAGCGAUAAUGGAGGUUAUAUGUGAGAAAAUUCCAAAAUUGAAAACAAGGAUCCAAGCUGCCUCAUCACAACCUGCCCCAGCACAACAGCAAACUACCACCAAAACAAAGAAAGGUCGCAAAGGGAAGUAAGCAGGGAUGUAUAUAAAUAGACAUGGUGCAAAGGGAUGUAAUCAGGGAUAUACAGACAGGGAGAGUCUGAAUAAAUGUGUGUGAGAGAAUAGGGAAGAGGACAAAUAUUAAUAUGGUACACUGUAUGUGUAUAGAUGGAAAACCUGAGUUGGUCUGUGUCUGUUGAAUGUGUUGGAAUAUUCAAAUUUUCAUUUUUGUGUUAAGAAUAAAGACUGAUUCUGUAUUAAUAUGGCAUCUGUAAAAACUUCUUGUGUCAAUAUAAUAUUUAUUAUAGAUUGUGUGUUUUUACAUCCUUAAAGUUAGAAUUGUCAUAACAUUAUAAUUACCAUAUUGUACUCUUUUUAAUUUGAGUAUUUAUGUACAAAAAUCUGCUACACAGUUGUGUGGAAAAAUUGUAUUUCAGAGACUUCUCAAUGGUUUCAACUUGAACUUUACAUGAUACAUUGUAUACAGAUUGCUAUGCACUGAUUGGUUAGAUUGAAGGUCAAUCUGAGGUGAAUUCAAAAGUGAUGUUUUGGAUCCCUGGUGAAUUUUUUUUCAUGUUCCAUUUGACCAGAACAAAGGAUCUGGUUUUAAUAAGAUUGAAAUAAAACCUAUUCAAAAUGUUAUGUUUAUACAUUGCUUUUUUAUUUGAAACAAUCCAUACCUUAAACUGAAACAGAUACAUGUAUUACUAUUAAUGAAUCAAAAAUUUCUAAACAAUGACAGUUUUUUUUUGAAAUGAAAACUGUCUACAGGAGGUGAAAAGAAUUCUAUUAAAUGAUGAUGAUUUUUGUAAAUUUAACUAGGACAUAUGAAUUGUUACAUUUUAUGUAGAAGAUUAUUUUGAAUACAUGUAAAAAUAAAUUGAGAACAAUAA